UUCCAGACUUAAAAAGAUGUGAGCAGGUUCUCGCUCUUUUGACGUUUAGCGGAUAAAUAUGUUUUUAUUAUUUCGUGCUUCUCGAUAGUUGACGUGAGGGUAUCUUUCGUUAUUAUGCAAAGGUAAAGUAAAAACCAACGAUGACUUCAAUGGAUCCGCCACAGGAACCUUCCAAACCAGGUUUGGAGACGGAUGCCGAAUUGGCAGCUUCUGCGGCUAACGCUGUAGAGCAAUGGCGUACGUAUCAAAAUGCGUAUACCCUCUACCAACAACAAUAUACUGCUUAUCAGGAGUAUAUGCAUAAGCAAGCAACUUUGACAACUUAUGAAGAGCAACAGGCAGCAUAUAAUCAGUAUUUGGAAGCGCACAAUAAUUACCAGAAACAACUAGAACAGUAUGAAUAUCAGAAAGGAUAUCAAGACUGCUACAUGGGAGUACCAAAUGCGGCACCAGGAAUUUACCCGGCUGUAUGUUAUCCUCCACAAGCAACAACAGUUUCAGCACCGGUGUUCACCACACCAUUGGUUAACGUUGACCCCUUCUACAACAGAGGAAACGAUCACCAACGUCCGCCUUCAUCGAUUAAACGUCGUUCUGAAGCUUCCGCAAAUAAAUCGAAAAUUUACACAACUACUACUUAUUAUGCUAACCCCGACGAUGAAGAGCUGUUCCCAGCUGAUUUGAAAAAAUUGUUCGAGCCUCUAAAUUGCAGCCUCUGCAAGUGUAGGAUGAAUUCUCAUAUUUCUGCCAACGUGCAUUACCAUUCGAUGGUGCACGAGAAAAAGAUCGUACAGUGGUUAAAAGAGUGGUGCGAACGCACCAAAACUCCCAUGCCGCACCGUACAAAGCGUAGACCGUCUCCAAUUGAGCCGGUGGGUCCAAACUCGCUGCAUUGCGAGGCGUGUGAUUUGCCCCUCACUUCGAUUCAGCAUGCCAAUCAACAUUACACCGGCAAGCGUCAUCAAAUGGUGGUACGCGGUAAGAAAAAUCCUGCUGGAAAAGGAUUCUAUAAGGCAGACGGUAAUUGGAAACGAAGCUUAACUACACCGGAUGAACAUCCCGAACGUUUCGGAAUCGGCGCGUCGUUCGCUAAUCAAGCAGACCACUAUAGUGCAAAGGACAUAAAGCGAAUGCGCUUGGAGCCACCUCCUUCUCCACCGCCUGGCGUUAAGGAAAUUAUGGAAAAUGUUCUUGGUACAACUGGUAAUGGAGCAUCCAAUGAAACCUAUCCAAUUGCCGCUACAGUGAGCCAACCACAAAUGAUGACUCUUCCUGUACCAUAUAUACCGACAACACUUGUUUCCCCGUAUGCUCCAACGGCUGUCAUGGCUGCGGACUACUCGCAACCUCCACCUGUCUUGGUGGAACCAUAUACAGCACCAACAAAAACGAAGUCGGCGAGAAAGCCCAAACUCGUCGCUGAAGCAAGUACAACAGCCGAUUCACUCCAAUCCGAAAUACUGAAAAAGGAGAGUGCCGACUGCGUUGAUGAGAGUGGAGUAUUUUGCAAGGUGUGUCAAAUUGCUGUGACCUCCGCAACUGUUAUGGAGACCCAUUUGAAAGGCACUAAACAUCUGAAAAAAUUGAAAUCGGUCGGUCGUUUGCCACCUGCCAACAAAACGGGAGCUCCGGCUCAAAGUAUCUUGUCUAUACUGCACAAACAGGUGAAACAAAAUGAUUGGUCUUUGUAUCGUAUGCCGUCGGGAAAGUUUUAUUGCAAAUCGUGCAACAUCAUUCUGGCCGAUGAAAAACUGUUUUCUCAACAUUGGUACGGUAAAAAGCAUAAAUUGAAGGUGAAACAGGAAAUGGAGGAAUUGACCGGAACCACAACUAAAGCCGCAUUCUAUCCAAAACGACAACACAGAAAGGAUCGACCCAUGCCGCCACAGCAGCUGUUUUAGUUGAAUGACAACAGAAUAAUGAACAUUUCGAUUUUUGAUCAAACAAUAUUGUGCACAUUGUAUAGUUUCAAUGUCUAUCACACAUCAAUUUAACGUCGUCAUCUAAUAAAGAGUGUGAAUCAAGGCA